AUGGCACGAUACGGAGCCCUAGGCGCAACCUUCCAGAUCGCCCGCAUCGUGCAGGCCUGCUCCCUCAUCGCCAUCAUCGGCCUCACAGCCAACUUCAUCUCAGAGAUCGUCUCCCGGAAGGCGACGCCCCCAAGCGCCUUCAUCGGCACAAUUGCCGUGACCUGCAUCGCAGUAAUCUACUGCAUCAUCACCUCCAUCCUCUUCCUCGACAACAUCCUGCCCUUCCUCGCCAGCGCCGCCCUGGACACCCUCUUCCUAGUCGCCGUCAUCGUCGUCGCCGUGGUCCUCGGCCGCCCGCUCUCGUACCUGCAGUGCGACGUCAUUGGCGAUCUCACGAGCGCGGGUUCCUCUGCGUACGCCUUCGCCACAAGCCUGAACAACUACCUCGACCAUCUGGAUGGCACGGUGGACUACCGCAAUUGGAUUGCGGCGUCGAGGGGGGUGUGUCUGGAGGCGAAGUCGAUUUGGGGGUUGAGUAUUGCAUUGUGUAUUCUCUUUUUCUUCUCUGCAGUCUGCAGUGUCUGUCUGUGGCGGCAAAAGAAGGCUGCUGGCGCCGGUGAAAAGCUGGAGGGAUGA